AUGAAAGAUAAAAAUAAAUUACUAAAAAAUUUUACAGAUGAAGAACUACUAGCAGAAAUUGUUCUUCGUUCUGGAAGCACAAAAGAGAAACAUCGUUUGGAUAUAUUCCUUUCCUCUAAUCCAACUGACAAAGAGGCUCAAGAAGAUUAUGAACUUUGUUUAAAAGGGAAAAUAGUAAUUGAAGGAUAUCCUGACCUCAAACAGUUAAACUUCAGUAAUAACAAUUUAAACGAAAUCACAAUUAAAAACUGCCCUGAUUUGAAGUUGGUUCCAGUUGAAGACUUAAAGGCCAAAAACUUACGAGUUAUUUCUUAUAGCGAUAAUUCUUUAAGUGUAGAGGAAAAGUCUAGGUUGGAUGCUUUGGGAUUACCAGAUGGAAUCGUAAAAAGCAAAAUUAAUGGUGAUGCUCAAGAAUUAUUAGACAAUAAAUAUCCAUCUCCUAACGAUAAGAAUAAAGUAGAGAAAUUAGAUAUCAGUGAACUGGGCUUAAAAGGCGAACUUAAUUUAUGUGGUUUUACUAAUUUAAGAAGUUUAGAUUGUAGCAAUAACCAACUAACCAAGUUAAUUAUUAAAGAUUGCCCUAAUUUGAAAUAUUUGGAUGCUUCUAACAAUGAGAUAAAAAGAACAUUUUUACUCAAUAGUAAUUUAGAAACUGUUUUUUUAAACAACAACAAAUUAACUUCUUUUGACGCUAGCAUUUUGUCUGGUUCUAUAAAGAAGUUAGAUUUAACGGCUAACAAAAUAAAGAACUUAUUUCUAAAUGGUUGUAAAAAUUUGGAAACUUUAAAUUGUGGGAUUAAUGAGAUAACUAAUUUGGAUUUAAGAAGUUUAGAUAGUUUAAAGCGACUUUAUUGUUAUGAUAAUUCGUUAUCCAAAUUACAAUUAAAAUAUUUAAGCAAUUUGGAAGAGUUAUAUCAAGCUGUUCGCGACGAUAAAGGGAAAUUAAGAUGGGCUGGUAAUGCGGUAGGAGGGUUAUAUGAAGGUCUUGAUCUUAAUGGUUGUUCUUCUCUUCAUACUUUAGACUGUGCUGAAAAUAAUUUAAAGGAACUUGACUUAAGCGAUUUGGAAAAACUUAAUUUUGUUUCUUGCCGAGCAAAUAGGUUAUUUACUAAUAGUUUAAAGAAAUUAAAAUUAACUAACUGUAAGUCUCUAGAUUUCUUAGAUACUACCUUACAACAUGACUUAGUAGUUUCAGACUUCCGCGACUGUCAAAAUUUAAAAGAACUUUAUUGUUCUUCAGAUAGUUUUGAUUAUGAAAACAUAAGUGGAUAUCAUUCCCAAAAAGAAGAACCACAGAUACCUAACCAUGAUGAAGGUUAUAACCUGCCAACUCCCAAGAAUGAUAAACCUCAACCUGAAUUAGACUAUAAAAAACUCUACUAUGAACUCCUAGAAAAAAUCAAAAAAGGAGAAAUCACUUUGGAAAAUAAAGAACAAAUCCUUAACUCAAAUUUGGAUGAAAGUAAGAAACAAGAACUAUUGAGGUUAUUAGAUAAACAAAAUAAAACUGGUUCUGAAAAACAAUCAUCUAACCCUGUUAAUGCUGAACAAGAAAGAGGAUGGCUGACUUUGAGGGGGUUAAUGAAAGAACCAUCUAUCGUUGAAAUGAAAGGAAAAGUUCUAAAAACUUUACUUGAAUAUAUUAACAAUAAUGAUGAUAAAACCCAGCAAGAAUUAGCCGACUAUGUUUCCCAACUAAUAGGACAAAAAAUAACUCGGUUCAUUAUUUCUCGCACUUUGAAAAAGCAUGGGAUUACUCGUAAAAAAAGAACUUAUCACUAUAAAGAAAUGAAUUACGAGAAAGCCGAAGAGUUUGCGGGGAAAUACUUUUCUAUGCUUGAUAUGCCUAUUCUUGCUUUGGAUGAGUGUAGUUUUCAUAUUGGUGAAGCACCUCGUUAUGGUUAUGCUAAAAGAGGUUCACGAGUUAUUUCGCAAAGGACAGGCAAAAAGAAGGGAGCAGUUAAAGCCGAAGACUUUCACGAGUUUUUGAGUGAUAUUGAACUUCCUACCAAUGAAAAAACUUAUUUAGUAAUGGAUAAUGUUCGGAUCCACCAUGCUAGUUGGGCAUGUAGGAAACUAGGAUUAAGUUCGAUUAAGGAGUUGUUGGUGAGUAAGAAUAUUGAACCAUUUUACUUACCCGCUUAUGCUCCCAUGUUAAAUUCGACUGAAUUUUGUUUUAACUUCAUUAGACAUUAUAUAGAAAAGAGCAAGCCCGAGACACUUGAAGAACUAGACCAAGCAAUAAAUAGAACUAUAGAUAUGCUGGAUGAGAAAGAUAUGACUAAGUUUUUUCGACAUUGUUAUUUCAAACGUCCUAGUUAUGAUUGA